UUGCUGAAAAACACCCUCCCGGCUUUGUUUAGUUUAAGCCGAGUUAUUGACGUUAAAGCCCCCCUUGCACGGAGGAGGAUGCGCCUCUCUCCGCCCGGAGCUGUGAGCGCACGCAUCGGCCGUGGACGCACGGAGCUCGAACACCUGCUUGGGAUAAAAGAGGGAUCCUCCAUCCUUGUUUCUAUCACCCACGAAGCGUGGAUGGGGAACUGAUACGGACGCGAAGCUCAUUUGGUAGCCAGAACAAUUUGGAGGCUUUUUGUUUUUGUUUUUAUACACAGGAGAUCAAUUCCCCCACCCUGCAAGGAUGCCGGGAGGACCUCUGUCUCUCUACAUCGGCAUGGAGGUGGCCAUCGCGGUUGCGUCCGUCAUCGGCAAUGUGAUGGUGGUGUGGGCGGUGAAAAUCAACAGAUCCCUGCGGGACACCACCUUUUGUUUCAUUGUCUCCUUAGCCCUGGCCGACAUCGCGGUGGGAGCACUGGUCAUCCCCCUGGCCAUCACCAUCAGCAUCGGACUCCAAACUCACUUCUACAGCUGCCUGCUGGUCGCCUGCACCGUGCUGGUGCUCACGCAAAGUUCCAUCCUGGCGCUGCUGGCCAUCGCCAUUGACCGUUACCUCAGGGUCAAGGUCCCCAUCAGGUACAAGAGUUUGGUGACGCCUCGUCGAGCGGGGAUGGCGGUGGUGGCGUGCUGGACAGUGGCUUUCAUCGUGGGUCUCACCCCCAUGUUGGGCUGGAACAACCUGGGGCGUCUUCAACAGAACGGCUCCAUCAGCCCCGACCUGGUCAUCACCUGCCAGUUCGAGAACGUCAUCAGCAUGGAGUACAUGGUCUAUUUCAACUUUUUCGGCUGGGUGCUGCCGCCGCUCUUGCUCAUGCUGGUCAUCUACGUCGAGAUCUUCUACAUGAUCCACAAGCAGCUCAAUAGCAAAAAGUUCACUUGCAGCCACACUGACCCCAACAAGUACUACAACAAGGAGCUCAAUCUUGCUAAAUCUUUAGCUCUGGUCCUUUUUCUCUUUGCCAUCAGCUGGCUCCCCCUGCACAUCAUCAACUGCAUCACACUCUUCUGCCCCAGGUGCCAGAAGCCCAUCAUCCUCUUAUACAUCGCCAUCCUGCUCACCCACGGCAACUCUGCCGUCAACCCCAUCGUUUACGCCUUCCGCAUCAAGAAGUUCCGCACAGCCUUCCGCAAAAUCUGGCAGCAGUAUGUCUGCUGCAAGGACACCCCUGCUCUGGAGAUCCAGCCCAGUGACAGAAGGGAGAUGCCCAAUCUAGAGCCGCUGAAGGCCACGCCGCUGCAGCUCACCUGGAAGAGGAAUCAGACAGCCGACACCUUGCAGCUCUCGCCUCAAGCUGGGGAGUACCUGGACCAGAGGACCGAUACCUUGCACAUGAAACACCAUCCCCGCUUGUUGGAGCAGAAUGCAGUUUAAGCUGAAAGCUGUCUGGGGAUUACUAGUCAUAGCACAAAAACUGUCCAUCCUCAUUGGGAAUGUAUUCUAAUGAGGAGGAGGACUUCCUCCAAAGUGCUCGUGGAUGCUGAGAUGAACUAACCUGACUCGCCAGAUCCUUGUAGUUCGCUGAGCUCCACACAAGAAUCUGGGACUUCUCAAUUGCAGAUGUAAUUCAGAAGACGGGCUCUUGUAAAAAAAAUAUUGCAUGUGAUUGGAUAAACUACUUGUCCAUUAUCUCACAUGGAAAUCAAUCCGUGACGCUGAUGAGAGCGACGCUGGGAAAUCCAAAACAGAAGAGCCGCCAUAUUGGAUAACAGAGCGAAAAAUUCUCUGUUCAUCUCUUAAAUAAUUAAUAUUCGAUAGGUUAAAAAAAACAGUUGCAAUAGCAGAAUCAAUAUCAGCACACGACUCCUCGCUGCAUCCCGCCAUUGUUUGAAUCAAACAGUCACUUCGGCGCUACGUCACAUCUAUGAAAUCCCUCCCGGCGAUCCUGAUUGGUUCAUUAUAUUUUAUUAUCUUGAAGGAGUUUGCAAUGCCCUUGAGCCCAGAUCCAUGUGAGGAGCUCAGCGAACUACAAGGGCCUGGCCAGAGUCAGGUUGGAGAUGAACACGAUCAACAGGAAGAUCAUUUGCCUUUUCUCAGGAGGAGUGCGUAACACUGGAAAUCUGAGCUGGAAUAAACUUGCAAUAAUUGAACAUAAGUCUAUGACAGUGACAUUAUGUCCCUCUUUGUGUGGGAGGCGGUUUCAUUCAUUUUGAUGCAUCAGUCGGUUUGAAAGAAACAAAUGAAGACAUUUUGGUUUAUCAGUAUCAAAGUCAGAUUUAAACAUGACUUUAGUGAAAAUGAACACAAUCAACAGUUAAGCCACUUCUUGGGCCAAUUUUAAGUCAUUAGGCAUUGUCAGUUCUGCAGUGUCAAAGUGGGUAAGGGAGGCCAUUGGCAGCUCCCUAUACUUAUUUUUCUUGCAAACUCUCUGACCGUUUUUAAUUAUGGCGCCUGCACAAAGUGGAUAAACAGCCAGCUAAAAUCACAUUGUGAAGGACAUUGUUACGUUUGCGCGGCAUUGUGGAUGCGCGGGGAGUGUCGCCUCUCGAUGCGCAGGAUCACAGCAGGCAGGAAUGAAGGUAUGAACAGCCUUUUAAUGUGAAGUUACAAAAGAACACUGGUACAAAAGAGCAAAUCAAAGGCGUGUCUGAGCACAGAAAACUAAAUGCUAAUAUACACAGAAGACAGAGUUUGAAGUCCAUAAAGCGCGAGCCAAGCGCGCGGAGGCAAGCUACAUUUAGCAAGCAGAAAAAUAAACAGAGACUACUCACGUAACGGUUGCAGGUGCAAACAAACUGGCGAGAGCGAACUUAGGUAGCAGAGGGGCUUAAAUACAGAAAACAUAAUUACAAACCGGUGUGUGAAUGAGCCAUGCAGGAGGAGCAAAUAAGUUGUCAUGGUGAUGAAUGUAAAUAAGGAAGUGCGCUAACAAACGGGAUCGGUAGAGUCCAAAACAUGAUCAAAACAUAGUAGGACAAUACAAAAAAGACAAACAUGCUAGAGAUGUGUGAUCCGGAAGCCGGAUCACAACAUUACCCCCCCCUUAAAGGGCAGAUCCCAGAUGCCCCCCAAAAAAACAGCAAUAAAGAGAACCCCCUCCCACAA